UUCAUUUUCGAGAUCAGCCUUAACCUGCCAUAUGCAUCUAUAUAUAUGUGAUUUUACAUGCCAAAUGCUAAACUAAGUGUUAUAGAGUACUCUAAUUGACUUAUGAGAUAGUGAGGAAUUAAUCAAGAAAAUGGAUAUAGCAUUAGAAGAAGAAGCAUUCGAGCCAGCAAGUCCAAGCUCACAAUAUUUAAACAGCUCCAACUUAUCACUCUGUGUUAUUGCUGUCUUGGAAUCAAAAAUUCCAAUUGAAUAUGAAGAGUCAUUGCCCCUAAAUUUACUCAAGGAUGUCUUUGUACCUAUAAAUCCACGAUUUUCCUCAAUCAUGGUGACAGGAAAGAAAGGAACAAGGAAAUGGAAGCGAGUGGAAGUAAAUUACAAAGACCAUAUUAAAACCCCUAUAUUUCCAAGUGAAAAACCACUCGAUUUCUACGAUGAGUGUUUCUCCAACUAUAUAUCAAACUUAGCCAUGGAACAAUUCCCACAAAAUAGACCAUUUUGGGAAAUUCACAUAUUCAAAUACCCAACAAAUGAUGCAGCUGGAAGUAUAAUUUUUAAACUUCAUCAUUCUCUUGGAGAUGGUUAUUCUUUAAUGGGGGCUCUUCUUUCUUGUUUACAAAGAGUUGAUAAUCCUUCACUUCCUUUAACAUUUCCUUCACGUCAAAGAACGACUUUGAGUUCGAAAGAUAAAGCUUUUAGUGUUUUAAAAGUUGUGCCUAGAUUUUUCAAGGGGAUUGUGAAUACAGUGUAUGAUUUUGGAGAGAGUAUUUUGAAGGGUACUUUUGUUGAAGAUGAUCGGACGGCAAUACGAUCUGGUGAUGAAGGAGUAGAAUUUCGUCCGAUUGUUGUUACUACCAAAACAUUUUCGCUUGAUAGCCUUAAACAAAUCAAGGCCAGUUUGAACGUGGUAAGUAUAAACAUUUCAUCCUUAUAUGUUACUUCUUGAUUAUCUUGAUUAUAAACAAAUCAAGGCCUGUUUGAACGUGGUAAGUAAAAAACUUCAAAAUAUUGUCCGUGUAUAUAAAUUAUUUUUCGAAAAAAUGGAAAACAUUUUCCAAAACUCUUCUUCAACCUUUUCUAUCCCACCAAUCACCCCACACCCCACCUAUUACCCCUAUCCCAUCUCACCAUAACCACCCAUCCUCCCCCAACCCUGUCCUACCACACCCUAAAUAGAAAUAUUACUAAGAAUACUUUCUUUUCAUGUUGUAGAUAGUUUCUUUUUAAUUUCAACAAAAUG